ACACAUGCAGAUGGAUGGAAAGUUAUCAUUUGCCAAAUACUCGGUCACCUCUUGCAUCAGAGUUCCCUGACUCAAAAGCAUUACUCUAUCGCCACGAGGUCAUCAAACCGAAAGCUGGCCAAUUUAAUAGGAUUAAGUAAAGAGCGCCCCAAAACCGAUUUAUGACCAGCAGAAACGCAAUUGUUCGGGUUGCCCUGAUUGCGUUGGUUCCAUCUUUCAAUUAUUAACCAGCAAACAAAGCAGCAUUCCCCACUCUCUAAAAAAUGGGAACGAAGAUCGAGUACGUGGACACCACGCACCUGUACGCCUCCAAGUACAUCCGCAACUCCAAGGCGAUCGGUGUGCUGUGGGCCAUCUUCACCAUUUGCUAUGCCAUCAUCGGCAUCGUGGCAUUCGUGACACCAGAGUGGAUCGGUGAUCCGGACAACGAUGGAGCUGGUCGCCUGGGCCUCUGGCAGCAGUGCCAGCGGGACGAGAUCUUCGACAACUGCCGUCGACGAUGGGAGAGCAUCUUCGAAGUGCCCACAUUCUCGUUUCAGUUGGCCACAUUCUUUAUGCUGGGCGCCAUAGCACUGGCCUUGCUGACCAUAUUCUUCUUGGUUUGUUUGCUGUUUAUGAAGUCGACGCGUGUUUUCCACCUUUGCGGUUGGAUGCAAAUCAUAUCAGCUAUUUGCAUGAUUGUGGCCUGCGCGGCGUUUCCCUUUGGCUGGAAUUCGGACGAUUUCCGUAAGAUCUGUGGACCGGAAGCGAAUCGCUUCGAGCUGGGCUUGUGCGGCAUCCGCUGGGCUUAUCCACUGGCCAUAAUCGGUUGCAUAGAUGGCGUGGUCUUGGCCACUCUGGCGUUUAUCUUGGCCACGCGGCACGUGCGCCUGCAGCCAGAUCCGAUAUACCAGAACUCGCUAUACAAAGGUGAAAUCAACAAUGCUUACCUCACAGAUGCCAUCAGCUUGGCGGGCUCGAGGAAAUCCAACCCACGCAUAACUGGCUUGAAUUUGCAGCCCAUUUUGCUGGUGGCUCCGCCAAACGAGGAUAGCAUAUCGCAGUUUUCUCGUUAUCACUGAGCACACCAUUCAAACAGCCAGGACGCCAACCAAUUAAGCUUAGCACGUGCAAGAACCAGGGGUGAAACUCAGCUUAAAGUUUUCCAUAAAUCGUUCAAACGAUUUUUAACCGAUUUUCGCCGCAACCAUAAGAUGAAACUAUGAAAAUGUGUGUGGUAUGUGUAUUUGAGUGUGAAAGUCAGCGAGUGAAUGAUUUGUAUAUGCCGCUUAGCCCGACUGAAUGCCAACUUGUAGUUGUAAGAUUGGAUUUUAAACUAUAAUUUAACAUUUCGUGUGAAUAGCUUGUGCCUAAGUGUAUGCUUCGAAUAAGUUAAAAGUUAAAAGAGAGUUCCCGAAGCUCUGCCUGUAAAUUAUAUACCCAUAAACAAUAAACAUGUACAAAUAUUAAACAU